AUGGAGGAGGAUGGUGUUUAUCACUUGAUUGAGCACGGCAUCUACCCAACAAGUGCGGAUUUUUCCAAAACCUUGAGGAGUCACGAGCUCCUCCAGUUCCGGCAAAAGUACCUUCACCCGCACUCAGAGCAAUUCGAUGUGGUCUUCGAGAAGGGACUCGAUGUCUCGUAUAGACCCAGUUUGAAGUUCCAGCCGAAGGAGCCUGAGGUGCUCGCAUGCAUUCGUCUUCCGGGUCAACGCUACAAGGGGCGCUGCGGUCGCCAGGCCGCAGCAGCAAAGAUUGCAUCUGUCUUGAAAAGGCACAUGAUUCGCAAGAUUCACUUGGAUGUCAUCCGACACAUCCGUGCGGCUGAGUUGUUUAUGUUUUAUUGGAGGAGAAAAAAGAAGCGACUGAUAUUGGACUCAAUAGGACAGCAACGGAUAUCAAACUAUCAUCAAGAGUGUCUGCAGCUCGCCGAUAAUCUUCGAGCGCAAUGGGCGUCAGACUAUGAGUCGAAUAACAGAAGCUAUAGAUCAAAGUUUGACUUCGUCGCACCCUUCCAAAGGAUGCAGUGUGGAAGGCUUCUGGAUCUAGUUGAUCCCCGCAUCAGCGUUAUAUAUGUUUCACCAGUACUGGAUGAGACCCAAAUGAAGGAAAUUGAAGAUGUACUCGCUGGACACUGUCUAGAUUAUGCAGAUCUGCAGGCCCAAGGAAGAUUGCACAUAAUUGUUCCGGAAAAUGCACGGUUCUUUACCCCCAAUUCUUCGCUGACAGCUAUGCUCCUGAUGAGUCCGCUCGCGGUACAGAAAAUCCGAGAUUUAACUCAAGACCAGAAGGCAUACAUAGUGCCAGGAGUCAUGGGGACGGCAGAUAUAGAGCUUAGUGCAAUCUUGAAGGUGCCGCUGUUGGCCUCAACCCUGGCCAUGGAGCUGUUCACUUCGAAAACAAAACAGCGGAUGAUGCUUCGUGGGGCCCCAGUAAACCUGGCGCCGGCCAUUGUUGCUCCAAACUCCCUCAAGGAACUUUGCUACGACAUAUCGACGACUACUCAAGUUCUCGAGGGCCUUUCGUCUCACGUGGUUGUUUCAGCCCCAAACAUCUACCGAUCCUGGUCACAUUACUUUACGGCCUUUAUGAAAUCGGGAGGAAUAGUCGAGGCCACUCCGCCGCUCGGACAAGGCGUCGAUGGCAAGAAUAUGCGCUAUCCUAUUGUCCACGUUAUGAUCUGUCCCUCAGGACAGGUGCAAGUUCUCGGAAAUCAGGAUCAAAUUACCGUGGGUGUCUACAAGAACUGGGGAGCCCUCAUUCCACAGCAGACCUGCUUCAUGGCCGACUUGGAAGACGCCGCUGUAUCCUUGGGAAGAUAUUGCUUUGAAAAGGGCCUUUUUGGAUACUUUUCCUUCAAGUUUGCAGCAUGGGACAAUCCGUCUGUGGGGCGCCGUCUAAACCUUCGAUAUAUCAGCCGCGUGCCUUUUGUUGAUAUGACACAAGUCAAGGUGGACUCCAAGACAGAUGAUAUCAGAGAGGAUACCCCGGACCUGGAAGAGCGGGCGAUAUUGGUCACGAAUUCGGUUGCGCACCCCGAGAUGAGAUUCAUGGAUGACCCUUCAAUCAAUACCAUUUGUCUGGACUCUGGCCUGUCCUUUGACAGAAAGGCCACCCUCACCGUUGAGAGCAUUCGUGGUGUUCUGACGCUUGACGCCGACGACAUGCCAAGCAAUCACUUCAACCGGCUGGAGGAGAUGGUGGAGCAGGUUAUGGAUCUCCCAGACUCUCGCAUGUUUCACCUCGAGGAAUUUCAGCAUACAGACGACGCCUCAAGCAAGGACAGCGAGAUUCCGAGUGAAUGUCUCGAGCGGCUUCCUUUCAAGAUCACCAACAAUACUCCAAAGUACCUCCGGCAGGCAAUUCCCGCACCGCCUCAGUGUGAUCCGGUCACUGCACAGCUGGUUAACGAACAUGUGCCUUCGACGCUUCUCCCUCGAAUGUAUGCCACUUAUGGCCACGAGGAAGAAAAAAUCGAGUCCAUGUUCCCAGAAUGGUAUCGGGCUGAAAAUCGUGUGAAGCGAGGCUUGUCAACCGAGGAGUAUCUCCGGCUGAUGGAACUAGAGCUCAACAAGAAAGAGGAAGAGGCAAGGCUGGUACUACAGAGAGAGCUGGAGAAGCUGAAGUUGGCCGAAGAUGAGGCCAAGAGCUCGCUGGUCUUUGGAGGCGGCGCUCCGCCGGGCGUUUCGGAUUUCAUGAGGGCUCGAAAGCUGCAUCGGAAGCCCAAUCCACUAAAUGCGAAAGAUACGAAGCGUCUCAAGGAGAGCCUGUUGCUUGGAGGGGAGCUGACAGAAGAAGACCUCGCCGAUCUAGAGGACGAAAUCGGAGACGUGAUCAACACCCUGCAGGUGGGAUGGGCCACAUUCACAAGAGCCGUCGGAAAGGCAGAACCUAGUGCCAGUGCCUCUGCUGAGGGCCAACAGCCACCAGGCUCAUCAACUCCGUCAUCCACAUCGGACCAAGAUCUUUCUCGGGUUGCGGACCAAGUCAACGCAGUCGAGCAAGAGCCGGGAUCUGAGCAAAUAACGAUCAACGAUCAGCAGAUCCAGCAGAUCCAAGACUCGCUGCUUCGCCGUCGAGCGCGAAGGAAGGCCAUCCUUCGAAAUAUGGCCAUCCCGGUUGGACAGGGCCCACGAGGCUUUUUUAUUGCUCAAGUUGUUGCCGAGCUGUACACCGAAAUUGCGCAAUGA